AUGCGUGUAGCUGCAACACUCGAGUCCCGCUCCGUCCCCGGUUCUUUCGCCUAUCGUCAUACCCGUUUCAGUCUCCAGUCCUGCUCCUACUGCCUCAUUGAGUCGACUACACCUCACUUCCUCCCGAAAGAUACUCCACCCAACACUGCAGCCCCUAUCACUACAGCGUUUUCACCCACUCUAGCUACUCUCACCACUCCUUCACCUCUCCUGUCUGACGCAACCGAUUCUAUCUUUGAGCGGGCAGUCGACACCUUGGGCAAGGCUUGCAGAGAGUGUCCCCUCCGUUCCACGGCCGAAUACAAUGCCGAGGUCCUUCGCAUCGCCAGUGAAACUAAGAAACAACAAACGGCUGAUAACACAAAUCGCUGCAAGACUGCUGUCCUUGGGAUACGUCGCCGGGCCACCGAGGCCAUCAACAUCACCAACACCACCAAUACCACCGAUACCACCAACGCCACCAACGCCACCAAUACCACCAGCACCGAGAUCCUUAGUGAAGUCGAGUAG